UCCCAUACCAUUUGUAUAUCCAACAAUUUCAUGAUAUAACUACUACUAGUACCCAGGAAGCCAGGACAAUGCAACUUCCCUCAAGCCAAUCAAAAUGUCUUCAAUACUGCCAUUUUCCAUCUUCUUCUUGUUCUUCUUAUCUGGCGGUCCUAAUCACAAACGCUCUGCAGAAGGGCAGCCAAGCACCACGGGCUUUGAAUGCAACCCCAACCAGAGCUACCCGUGCCAAGCCUACGCCUUCUACAGAGCCGCGCCUCCCAAUUUUCUUGAUUUGGCCGCCAUAGGAGACCUCUUCUCAGACAGCCGCCGCAUGAUUGCAGAGGCCAGCAACAUCUCCUCCCCAAACGCCACCCUUCAGGCCAACCAGCCCCUCUUCGUCCCCAUCGCCUGCUCCUGCAAUCAGAUCAACUCCACCUUCGGCAGCAUCUCCUACUCCCCCCUUGACUACACCAUUGUCUCCGGCGACACCUACUACCGAGUCUCCACCACCAAUUUCCAGAACCUCACCAGCUUCCAAUAUGUGGAGGCUGUCAAUCCCACUUUCGUUCCCACCAACCUCAACAUCGGCGACCAUAUAACUUUCCCCAUUUUCUGCAAGUGUCCGAAUUCAACGGACUUGAACAGCCAGAGGAAAAUCCUCAUCACCUAUCCCUUCCAGCCGGCCGACACCGUGGCGGCCAUCGCCGCACGGUUCGGCGCGACCAGGCAGUCUAUCAUCGACGUGAACGGAAACAAUAUAGGACCCAACACGACGAUUUUCGUCCCGGUGUCGCGGCUACCCAACAUCUCGCAGCCGGUCAAUUCCAGCUCUGCCCCUCCGGACGCCGGAGCUGCACCCCAGACUGUACGGGGCAAAGACCGGAAAGGGACGGUGAUAGCGCUGGGGGUAGUGUUGGGGGUUUCGGUGGGUUUGCUGGUUUUGGUGGUUGGGUUUUGGGUUCGGAGAGAGAGAUCGAGGAGGGACAAGUACGGAGAUGCUGGGACGAAGGAGAUGGACGGAGUUAUGCAGAGGAAGGAGGAAGGGAGUGCGGCGGUGAAGGAAAUGGAGGUGAGUUUAAUGGCGGAUGUUUCGGACUGUUUGGAUAAGUACAGGGUGUACAGGAUGGAUGAGAUAUGGAAAGCAACGGAGGGGUUUGACGAGAGGUGUUUGAUUGAAGGGUCUGUGUACAGAGGAUCCAUUGAUGGAGAGAUGGUUGCGAUCAAGAAGCUGAAAUGGAAUGCCCGUGAUGAACUCAAGAUCCUCCAAAAGGUAAACCAUGGGAGUUUGGUAAAGUUGGAAGGCUUCUGCAUAGACUCAAAAGAAGCUAAUUGCUACCUAGUGUAUGAAUAUGUGGAAAACGGGUCACUAUAUUCGUGGAUCCAUGGGGAGAAAAACGCGAGAGUGAGCUGGAAAACGAGGGUGAGCAUAGCCAUAGACGUAGCCAAUGGUCUACAAUACAUCCACGAACACACCCGGCCCAGGGUCGUCCACAAAGACAUCAAGACCAGCAACAUCCUCUUGGACGCCAACAUGCGGGCCAAGAUUGCCAACUUCGGGCUGGCGAAGUCCGGAUGCAACGCCAUCACGAUGCACAUCGUGGGCACUCAGGGCUACAUUUCCCCGGAGUACCUCGCCGAUGGCGUCGUCUCCACCAAGAUGGACGUGUUCUCCUUCGGAGUCGUGCUCCUCGAGUUGGUGUCCGGGAGGGAGGCUAUCGACGAAGAAGGGAGGGUUUUGUGGGUGAAAGCCCAGGACGUAUUGAAGGGAAGCGAGGAGGCGAAGGUGAAGGAGUGGAUGGACCCGAGUCUUGCUAGCGAGUCGUUCUCGAUGGAGAGUGUGAUCAAUGUGAUGUCGGUUGCAGUUGCAUGCUUGAACAGAGAUCCUUCCAAGAGGCCUAGCAUGGUCGAUAUUGUGUAUGCCUUGUGUAAGAGUAAUGAUCUGUUCUUUGAUGUCUCUAGUGGUGGUAUAUCACCGGGACGUGCAGUAACAGCGAGAUAAGAGCGAUGAGGCGAAAUAUCUUACAAUGAGUUUAUAUAUUGAUUGGAGGUGGCACGUAUAAUCUUUUGAUGAGUUGAAUUACACUCAAUUUAGGAGGAUAGGCCGGGUACUGCAAAGUUAUUGUAAAUACAUGCAUGAGGCAUUGCAAAAUAAGUUUGAAAUGGAUCAGGAAGCUGUCUUUUAUUGGGAUUUGGGCAGAUUCUUAAUGUGUACCAGUUUGUUUCUUUAUUGAAUACAACCGUUUUGAUCUUUCAAAAAAAAUUCAAAUUCGAGGAUGAUGGUAACGGAGCCAUUGUAAUCGUAGUAAACGGGGAUAAAUUAUCUUUGAGUUGUGAUUGUUUUUGGUACAGGCAGGGCCACUUCUGAGGGGCAACAGGG